UUUGAUAAAGAGCCAACAAAUCCUGUGGAUUUUGGAGCAGAGACUUUGAGUUAUGAGGAUUAUUACGAUGAAACAAGAGAUAGAUAUGAUAAAGCUUUUCUGAUGAUGAUUACUUAUCAGUGUGAUGCUUUGGUUGACAAGUUUAAUGUCACUCCUUUGAUUAUUGGUGAAGUAAAAGAUACUAAGAGGCCUAAAACACACAAAGCUGAGCCGUGUAACUUAGAUGGUAAAAGAGCAGUGACGAUAUGGUUUAGUAUGCUUAAAAUGACUAUGCCUUUAUCGAGUUCUUUGGUGAUAUCUUUCCUUGCUUGUCACCAAGCGGGAGCACCGGUACUUCAUCCAUCAGUCGGAACUUCAUCUAUCUCUACUGUACAUGGAAUAGAGCAGGAGGGGAACAUACAUAUUCAGGAUGACCUUCCUAAACCAGAG